AUGCCGACCAGAGGAAACCACAGCGCUAACGAUGCGCUACAUCUUCAGCACGGGCAGGGCCGGGCGGUCCUGGACAACAUGCCAGAAGACCCGCCGGAGUACGGCGAGGACGGGCUGGACAUGCUGAACGAUGACCUCAACCAGGAGUACCUGGCGGAUGAGGUUGUGGUGGGAGCUAGCGACGUGGACUGUAAAACCGAGGAAUCCAAGAAGGCUGAGUCCUUCUCGCUCAGCGAUGAGCGUGAGCCAGUAGCAGAAGGGUACAAACAGCAAUUGGCUAACAUAGACAUCAUGCAGGAGAUCCUUGCGGCGGAGCGACGCGACCGUGAGGAGCGUGUGUGGCGCCGCCGCCACACCACCAAUCCCGUCUUGCAGAUACUGCAGGUGAUCAUGCCGUAUGGUGGCAUCCUCUCCUCGGCCUUCAGCAUCGCCAGCUCCACGAUUGGUGGAGGCAUCAUCGGACUCCCUGCGGCCUUUCAGAUGAGUGGAAUAGGGAUGGCUGUGAUCUACUUGAUGGUCGUGGUGACCAUGGCGGUGUACUCCUUUGUGCUGCUCGCCAUUGUGUCGCACAAAACCGCGCUGUACAACUGGGAGAUCAUCGCGCGCCGCUUGAUGGGCCGCGGCUGGGACUACUUUGUGGUCUUUGUCAUGUGGGUGCUUUGCUUUGGCGGUGAUGUCUCGUACAUCAUUGCCCUCAAGAGUAUUCUCACCGGCUUCCUGAAGAACUCGCCAGCUGCCUCGGACUACAUCAAGUCCGAGCCGGGCUAUCGGCUCAUUACAUCGAUGCUGUGGAUCGCCGUGAUACUCCCCAUGUGCGUGCUGAAGGAGAUCAACUCGCUGCGCAUUGUGUCGACAGUGGCCAUCCUCUUUGUUGUCUUCUUCACUAUCACCUGCAUCAUUCACUCUGCCCAGAGCCUGCAGGAACGCGGCAUGAGGGACGACCUUGUCGUUUUCCAAACCGGCAACACGGCGAUCAAGGGCUUGUCGAGCCUCAUGUUUGCCUUCAUAGCGCAGGUGAAUGCGCCGGAGAUCUCACGUGAGAUGUACAAGUUCUCCGUUCACCGCGUCUUCCUGUCAGCACUCCUCGGAAUGUCGCUGUGCGCCGUGCUCUACUUCCUGACAGGUCUCUUCGGCUACCUUGACUUUGGUCCUGAGGUGAACGACUCCAUCUUGGCCAUGUACAACCCCCUCAAGGACCAUCUCAUGGCCGUUUCGUACGCUGGCAUGAUGCUCAAAAUCUGCGUAGGCUUCGCGCUGCAUCUGAUACCCUGCCGCGACUGCGUCUACUACAUGAUAGGCACCGAUGUAUCUCGCGUGCCCUGGUGGAAGAAUGCUCUCUUGUGUGCCCUACAAGCUGCGGGGGCCCUCGCCGCCGGCCUCUUUAUCCCGCGCAUCACCACUGUCUUUGGUCUGCUGGGUGGCUUCUGCGGGGGCUUCGUUGGCUUCAUCUUCCCAUCGCUGUUCAUGAUGUACUCGGGCAGCUUCUCGGUCGCUCGCGUUGGCUGGGGCCACUUCCUUGGCACCUACGCACUGCUGCUGGCUGGUGUUAUUGCCGUGGUGUGGGGAACGAGCGCUGCCAUCUACGGCGCUGUCCUCUCUUCAUGGUAG